CUCCUUCUUCCUCACCAUCAUCUCUCCAACUAACAAAACCUAACUCUUCUUCUUUAGCAAGAGCGCAAGCUCAAAAGCGCUAUUGUUACUUUCUUCAUCUUCUUCUUUACCUUCGUAGUAAUUUAGAGCACUUCUUCUAACAACUUACACAAAAUGGCUAAACUAGCAAUUCUCUUUACAACAUUUCUCCUUUUAAGCCUCGCCGACGCCAAGAUCCCCGGCGUCUACUCUGGAGGCGCGUGGGAAACUGCACACGCCACUUUCUACGGUGGCAGCGACGCCUCCGGCACUAUGGGAGGAGCUUGUGGUUACGGGAACCUAUACAGCCAAGGCUAUGGAACUAACACGGCUGCUUUGAGCACGGCGCUGUUUAACAACGGUAUGAGCUGCGGAGCCUGCUUUGAGCUAAAAUGCGCCAAUGACCCACAAUGGUGCCACUCAGGUAGCCCAUCGAUCCUCAUUACCGCAACCAACUUCUGCCCACCAAACUUUGCUCAGGCAAGCGAUAACGGCGGAUGGUGCAAUCCUCCACGUGCCCACUUCGAUCUUGCCAUGCCUGUCUUCCUCAAGAUUGCCCAAUAUCGCGCCGGCAUUGUCCCCGUCUCAUACCGCAGGGUGCCUUGUAGAAAGAGAGGAGGGAUAAGGUUCACAAUAAACGGUCAUCGUUACUUCAACUUGGUUCUGAUCACCAACGUGGCGGGAGCAGGAGACAUAGUGAGGACGAGCGUGAAAGGUUCACGGACUGGUUGGAUGAGUUUGAGCAGAAACUGGGGUCAGAACUGGCAAUCUAACGCUGUUUUGGUUGGUCAGUCACUUUCUUUCCGAGUCACAGGCAGUGACCGUAGAACCUCUACUUCAUGGAACAUUGUUCCUUCUAACUGGCAGUUUGGUCAAACAUUUGUCGGGAAGAAUUUCAGGGUCUAAAAGCGAGUUUCGAGACGGAAGAAAAACUCUCCGCUAAUUUCGCUUUUUUUUUUUUGGGUUCAAAAGUUUAUAUAUGGAAAGGAGAGAAAGGUAUGGCGAAGAAUAGUAUCUUUGACUUUUGUGUGUGUUUCCUUUUUAGUUUUUUAUUUUAUUUUGGGGUUUGGUGUUUUAGUUGUGAAGGGGGAGAGAGAGUGAGAAAGAGGAGUUGAAGUGGCAGUGAGAAAAUUUUGUAACAGCCCGCAACUACUUCAAGUAUUUUACAAUGGUUGGGUUGUUGUAAGUUAGAACUUGUAACGUUUAAUUUCAUGUAAUCUAAAAUAUGGUUGUGUUAGACUCUUA